AUGCCCACCACCCUCUCCAUACUCGUCUUCGUCGCUUCCCCGCUUGAUUACGCUCGGUAUAGACAUACGGCGCUUUAUUUUGAAUUCGAGCAGGAGGGGGAGAAGGGGAGGGAUUCCAAUACAGAUGAUAUUGCGCAGAUAAGGAAGAGAGGAUAUAUGAAAGAUGGUACGGUGGGGACAGACACACUGGCAGCAACGCCUACAGCUACAGACCAGUCCAAACGUGAACUUGAGCCCACGGGGAACAUGCACGAUUCCCACGCGAAUACCACGAAUGUCCCGGUGAGAUCCUCAGUAAUGGAGGUAGUAGGAUCCCCUGGAUUCUUCACUUUCUCAGAGCGUCUAAAUCUGGGAGUUCCUACAUCAGCCAACCUAGCACGAAUAAUCACCGUCUCAAAAAUUCCCUCCUCAAUACCAAGUUCCUCGAUCCGCGACACAAUCUCUCAAACAAGGAUACUAAAUGGGGAUGGAGACACGGAUUGGAAUAGUCAAAAUUGGGUUGGGGAUGCAUUGGCGAGGAUGGUUAAGGCGGGAUAUCUGAAUGAAGAGGUGUCGGAGAGAGGGAUUGACGAGAUGGUCGAUGCUAUCUUAGAAGCGAAGGAUGAGGAGUUAACUCGGAAUUAA